AUGAGCACUCCUGGUUGUGGUGGUUUUGGGGCGAUGCAUCUUCAUGUGUGCCUGCUGCACAGAUGGCACCGGGAGAGGAGGCCCAGUGAUGGAGAGAGCUGCCUUGGGCUCCAGCGGCUCUUCUGUCCCUCAUGCGCUCUCUUCAUGGGCAUCUGUAGAGGCUACUUGAGCCACAGAGCCAUGGAUGAACAGCAGGUAAACAGUGAGGCUGGAGGUAUGUGGCCCUUCCCCAGCGCAGUGACCGUGUGUGUGUUUGUCCAUGCUAAUGCUGUGUACGUUGGCAAUGCCAAGAGUGUGGACUUUUGUGUGUUUGUGCCCAUGUCAGUGCCUUGCUUAUCUAUGUUCAACAAGUGA